UCGGCCGGGGCUACAACAUCUGUACUCAGCCGUCGCUGCUACCUCUGAGCUCGUCGUCACCGCUGCUUCCCCUGAGCUGUUCUCCGUCGCUCUCUGCUAGUCGUAGUCUCCGGGCUCUGUGCAGGACCACCAUAAGAUAUUCAGUACCAGUUUUGCCAAAAUGAGGCAAGAUUUGAUCUACAAAGUCUCCAAAUGAGGUUUGCAUGCAAAGAUAUAUGCCAAAAAAAUGUUUGAAGCACACCUUGUAUAAGUAAAAGUGCAAUCAAUUCCUCAGUACCACAUAAAACUGUGAAAAGGCUGCUACAUUGUAAACCACAUCUGGUGCAUAAAUUUUUCCUACACCACCUUGAACAUGAUGAAGGCUACUGCUGCAUUGCAUCCUUGUCUGAGCUCCUGCAGCUUCAAUUGCCGAUUGGCAUUAAGGCAGUUGGAAUGUGUUUGAUUAAUUAGGCCAUGAACAUGUUUGAAGCUUGCUUCUUUGGAGUGGGACUAAAGACGUAAUAGGAAUAGUGGAUUUGGUUUAGCCGGGGAGUCAAAGGCUAAGGUGGAGUCAACUUCCCAUGCAAUACUUCCCUCUACUAAACUUUGCGGUGUCAAUUAUCUCAACCCUUUGGCCAUCACUACAUUCCUCCAUAUGUUGUCACAAUGGGAGAGACGCAUAUUAUUUGAGUGUGAAUUGCUCCACUAUGCAUAUUUCAUGUUAAAGCAUUGCAUAACACUUUAUUUGCAUGUACCCGUUUUUGAAGCUAACACGAAUUCCUCACUCUUCACUCUCCUAUUGCUCUUUUCUCUUGGAUCAUUGUUCAUCCCAUAAUAAAUCAUUUGCCUUUCUCAGAACCCUCCAUGCUCAUUUCAUCAAAUUGGGUUUUAACUCGUAUUCAUAUCUGGGUAAUCGCUGUUUUGAUCUAUACUGUGAGUUUGGCCAAAUCAAUGAUGCCGUUAAGGUGUUUGAUGAAAUUACUUAUAAGAAUUUGACAUCAUGGAACAUUUAUUUGAAGGGGUUUCUCAAAAGUGGCCACCUUGGGGAGGCAUGCCACUUGUUUGAUGUAAUGCCUGUCAGAGAUGUUGUUAGUUGGAACACGAUGAUUUCGGGUUUUGCACUAAAUGGGUUUUGUUGUCAAGCCUUUGAGCUUUUUGUUGAGAUGCAGGGUACUGGUGUGAGGCCAAGUGAGUUCACUUUCUCAAUAAUGACGUCAAUUGUGUCAAGUCCCUGUCAUGCUAAGCAGGUCCACAGUAGGAUGAUCAGGAGUGGUAUUGAUUUGUCCAAUGUGGUGCUUGCAAAUUCGGUGAUAGCUAUGUAUGGGAGACUUGGUCUUGUUGAUUAUUGCUUUGGUGUGAUUUUGACCAUGGAGAACUUUGAUGUUAUAUCUUGGAACUCUUUGAUAUGGGCCUGUUGUAGAGCUGGAUAUCCAGAGUUGUCUCUUGAGCAGUUUCAUCAGAUGAGAGCUAUGGAGUUUUUACCUGACCAGUUUACGUGUUCGAUAUUGAUGAGUGUCUGUUCUAACUUGCAGGAUUUGGGAAGGGGUAAGCAAGUUUUCACCCUUUGUUUCAAGUUGGGAUUUGUUUCAAAUAGCACUGUGUCAAGCGCUGCUAUUGCCCUCUUUUCCAGAUGCAACAGAUUGGAGGACUCCAUCCAGCUCUUCAAAGAACAAGAUCAAUGGGAUUCAGUUCUAUGCAAUUCCAUGAUUUCAAGCUACACGAAACAUGAUUUAGUGGAGGAUGCAUUGCAACUCUUUAUGCUGACCCUGAGGAAGAAUAUCAGACCAACAGAAUACAUGAUAAGUUGUCUUCUGAGUUCAGUUUCAAUUUUCAUGCCAGUUGAAGUAGGUAAUCAAAUCCAUUCUCUGGUUCCUAAAUUAGGUUUUGAGUCAGAAGUAGUUGUUGCCAGUUCUCUUGUUCAUAUGUAUGCAAAAUUUGGAUUUAUUGAUGAUGCCUUAAACAUCUUCAAUGAAAUGAAAAUAAAGGAUUUGGUGUCAUGGAAUACAAUAAUGAUGGGAAUGACUUACAAUGGCAAAGUGCCUGUAACCAUGAAGCUCUUUAAGGAGUUAAUUGGAGAACCUACACCACCAGAUAGAAUUACACUUGCUGCAGUUCUUCGAGCAUGCAACUAUGGAUGUUUAGUUGAUGAAGCAAUUAAAAUAUUAUUAUCAAUGGAGAAGGAAUUUGGCGUAGAACCUGGGGAAGAACAUUAUGCUUAUGCUGUGGAGUUGUUGAGUCAAGCUGGUAUGAUCAAAGAAGCGAUGGACAUUAUUGAAACAAUGCAAUGUAAAACCCCCUCCAACAUUUGGAGAUCAGUUCUUUCUGCAUGCGCAAUCCAUGAAGACUUGUGUGUUAUUGAAAGAGUUGCAGAGAGAAUAACAAAAAGCGAACCGCAGACAUUGUUUCCAUAUUUGGUGUUGGCUCAGGCUUAUCAGAUGAGGGGCAAAUGGGAGAGCUCAAUUCGAGCCAGGAAGGCUGUGGAACAAAGAGGUGCUAAAGAGUUCAUUGGAUACAGUUGUGUAGCGAUAAAAAAUCAGGUAUACUCGUUCGCAUCAAAUCAAUUACAGCAUUAUGGAGGCAGGGAUCUUUAUUUGAUUUUGAAUUUACUGCUCUGGGAGAUUGAGAAUGAAGGGUGUGCCUAGAAAAUCCGUAAGACAAAAAGGAAAUGUAAACAAACGGAUGAAAGUUUGCUGCAGCCCUUUCGAAAAAUAUUGAACUGAACACCUAACUCAUACUCCCGUUCAUCACUAUUGGUAAAUAUGCCGUUCAUUAUGCAGCAUUCAGCGGCUUAUUGCAAAAACUACUUAUCAGCUUGCCUUCUCCAAUCCUUGCAUUUUGAGUCUCCAAAAGCUGAGGUGGUACAAUUGGAGUUGCAGCAGUAUUUCGUCGACCAUGGUGAUGAACUGAUGAUAACCAGGUAAUUAAUUACUAUACCAAAUAACUAUCAUUAUAGUAAACAAAAUAAUAAAACGCAUUUUAGGUAAUUUUAAUUUGGUUUUUAUCUCUUUGGGGUUACACAGAAUGGAACAGAAGAGAUCCAUGAAUCAAGUUGCACGGGUCCUUUUGUUACCAACUUUGUAAAUUCCCAUUGUGCCAUUGUGGCAGUCUAAUGCUAGCUGACAUUGCGCUAAUGAUGUAAAACUCAAUUUAGCCAUUAUUUGGACUAAAUUGAAUGAUCUAACAUCUGUGAAAUUUAGUUUAUCGAGGAACCAAAUUAAGUUCCACACUUUUAAUGUUAUGUGAGCUAGAUGUUAAAUUGUCACAAUUUUCAUAUAAAUAUUCCGUUAACUAUUGUGAUGACAGAAAGAUCAUCUUGAUUCAUGGUUGUAAAAACUCAGAUCAAUUGAGGAUUAUCAC